AUGGCCCCGGACCCGUUCGACCAUGAAUCCAUCGAGCUCCAAGCUCGACAUGGCGACAUCUUUGGCCAAUAUGACGAUCGAUUCGGCAGACGAAGUUCUCGCCGUGCCAGACAUACCAAUGCUGGGCCGGCUCCGUACGAAGAUAUACCAGAAGUCAAGGACAUCGACUUCCGCAAGGCGCAGAAGUUCCGAGGGUGGAGUGUGCUUCCUCUGGCGUACCAGGCGACCGGUGUCGCACAUGGACAGAUCUCCAUAUCGCUGCUUUACGUCUACUCAUCGACGUUCUCGCACGAUCCGUCUGCGGAAGAUGUCAAAGGGGCGCUUUCAUUGAUCAUCUGGAGUCUGAUACUGGUCGUCACAAUCAAGUAUUCUCUGAUUAUACUAUACGCCGAUGAUGAAGGUGAAGGUGGCACCUUUGCCGUUUUCUCGCUCCUAUCACGGCAUUGCAACAUGGCCUGCCAAGGUACCCUCAGAAGUCGACCCGUCAAAGUGGAACGUCGUUCAUCAGAAGAUCUGAGGUCGAUAAGUCUCUGCAUCAGGAAUUGGCUCGAGAAAUCUCCGCUCACUCGCUUCAUCCUCAAGACGCUCGCUGUCUUCGGAGUGAGCUUGGUCAUUGCUGACGGGGUUCUGACACCAGCGCAGUCUGUGCUGGGAGCUGUUGAGGGUAUCGCAGUCGCGGAACCAGGCUUGACAAGCUCAACGAUCAUUGGUGCCUCCUGCGUCAUUCUUGUUUUCCUGUUUUCCAUUCAAAGUCUCGGGAUCGACCGUAUUUCUUGCACCUUUGCUCCCGUCAUCGUACUCUGGCUCUUGUUCAAUGCAUCAUAUGGCAUAUACAACCUGGCCAUGCACGAUCGAAGCGUGCUCGCUGCGUUUUCACCUCACCAUGCAAUUGCCUGGUUCCAGCGCAACGACAAUGCCGGUUUCGAUCGACUCGGUGGAAUCUUGCUGGCCUUUUCCGGAGUUGAGUGCCUCUUCGCCGUCAUGGGAGCUUUCACUCGUCUGGCCGUGCAGCUUUCUUGGCUGUGCUUCGUCUUCCCUUGCUUGCUGUUGGCAUAUGUUGGUCAGGCAGCCUACCUCCUGGAUGAGCCAAAAGAAUGGAACAAUUCCUUCUUCCGUACCGUACCACCUGGAAUGUUAUACCCAUCACUCGUCAUAUCUAUACUUGCCGCGAUUGUCGCUUCUCAAGGAACAAUCACAGCCUGCUUCCAACUCCUUGCGCAAAUCAUGAACGCUGGAUACUUUCCUCAUUUGGACCUCAAAUACACAUCAAACAAAUACUACGGCCAGGUCUACAUCCCAAAAGCAAACUGGAUCCUCAUGAUAGGCUGUAUCAUCGUGACAGUCGUGUAUGGUAAUACUCAAGAACUCGGCCACGCCUACGGCACAUGUGUCAUUCUCGUCACAUUCAUCACCACGGUUCUCGUCGUAUUGGUGGCGAUCGUGGUCUGGCAAUUCCAUCCCGCUCUGGUCUUCGCGGUAUGGCUUCCGUUCUUGGCUUUGGGCGGUCUAUUCCUCGGGGCAGCCUUGACCAAAGUGCCAGACGGAGCCUGGUUCACCCUCAUACUCGCCGGUGUUCUCGUCGUUUUCUUCACUCUCUGGCGGUUUGGUAAAGAGAAGCAAUGGGAGUGCGAGAGCAAAGACCAGGUUGAUCUCCGAGAUGUCGUUGAGACAGGCAGAUAUACCACGCACCAAUUCCUGGCUACGAAAUACGGCGGAUACGAAUUGACGCCGAUGGACGGCUUUGGAAUCUUCUUCGACAAGUUCGGCGGCACCACCACUCCCAGAGUGUACAUCCAAUGGCUACUCAAAUUUCGCGCACAGCUCGACGUGGUGGUUCUGAUGCAUAUCCGCUCAUUGAGUAUACCCCACGUCGGUUCCGACGAGCAAUUCGAAGUCAACAGGACUAGCAUCAAGAACGUCUACCGCGUCACCCUGCGGCAUGGCUACAACGACCACGUUGUCACAGCCGACCUCGCACGAAUGGUGUACGAAGAAGUCCGACGGACGAUGCUCCAAGGCAUGACACGGCGAGUCUUCUCGUCCGCACCCGCCCCUGAGACUCAUCCCGGCACAGAUAUCAGCGACUUGAGCAUAUCAUCCUGGCUGCGUCAGAUCGAUGUCGCGUAUGCGAGCCAGUCGCUUUACGUCGUGGGCAAACAGCAGAUGCGAAUCGACCCGCAGUAUUGUGUGGUGAAACGAUUGGCGCUGCAGGUGUUUCUGUGGAUUCGACAGCAUUCGCGGAGUAAAAUCGAGAAGUUGGCGGUUCCGGUGCAGGACCUGGUGGAGAUCGGGUGGAUCGGGAAGAUUUGA